AUGGGGGCGGCCAGGCUGCGACUGCUGUGCACCGCGGUGGCACUGCUGUGCGCGGCACCGCCGGGGCGCCCCGGGGCCGCGCUGCCCGCGGGCGAGGGGGACGCGUACGGGGUGAAACUGUGCGGCCGGGAGUUCAUCCGCGCCGUCAUCUUCACCUGCGGCGGGUCCCGCUGGAAGCGGCUCUCCCUGCUGGCGGUGGAUCCGGCGCCCGCGGCCGGUUCUGCACAAACAGCAAGUAACAAACUACUGGGAAACUUCAACCUGCAAUCAGUUUUGGAUCCUGAAGUGGAACAGCUGCAGAGAAGCAGCCCAGUUCUUGGAUGGGAGACAUUUAAGGACUUGUAUAGUUUAAAUUACUUUAAUGAGUAUGUACCUGUGGCAGACAACUUCAAGGAACUUGUUCACCAGGUAGAGGAAGUUGUUCGGAAGGACAGGGGAGGAACAGGAAAUGCAAAUCCUGUGGAAUCAACCAGUUAUCUUUGGGCCAGGUUUCCAAGAAGAAAACGGGAAUCUCUGGGUUUGGCAGGAAUGUGUUGCAAAUGGGGCUGUACAAAAGCUGAAAUCAGUACUAUAUGUAGAGUUUAAAAUUCUCUCUGCACUUACUUAUGCAUGAAAUCAAUGUUUGUUGCAGUGCUGUUUGAUUGAAUACUGU